AUGGCGAACGAGUUUGGAUUAGGUUCUUUAUCUUUAGAAACUAAAAAACCUAACAUUACAGCAUGGAUAAAUAAAGCGAAACCUUACUUUGUGGAUCUAAUCGGAGACACUCUUCAAGGUGAUUUAGAUAUGAACAAUUUCAAAGUAACUAAUUUAAAAUCUCCGGAAAAUUAUACUGACGCUGUUCACAAGAGAUACUUACGGGAUCAAAUAAAUUCAAUUGAAAAGGAAGAAAGGUUGGCGGAUCCUGGAUCACGUGGUGAAGAUUCAGAUGGUGUGGAAGGGGAAGACGAGUCUGAAAGUGAAAAGAGAAGGGGAGUGUACUCUCUACGAGAGCGUUUACCUAUGUCUGCUGGACUAGGAGUAGGUGAACUUCGUGCUCGAGUAGGGGUUUGGUUCGGCAGCGUUGUGUCUCUAGAUGGUACAGGUAGGUCGGCGAUGGGGUGGGAUAUAGCUGGAUGGGUUGGUUGGUGGUCGGCGAUUGACAAAACUUAUAUCCACAUAAUAAAUUUAACGCUCGUAGAGUUCUUCAGUUUAUCAAGGGUACAAAAAGAAACUAAAGAAUUAGAAAUUAACGACGAAAACAAUAAGGCUUAUCACUUAUAUGAAAUUAAAACGAGUGGAAAAUAUAUAGAUAGGUUUAGAAUGUUAAUCAUACCAGUUAAUGAAGAAGAUGAACUUUCAUUGAGUGAAUUUGAUAUGAUAUUGGAGAUGGAAACUUCACCAUCAAUGAAUAUCAUUAGAAAUCCAGAACCAGAAAAAGAAGGAUGGUAUUACUUGUACCAUUACAAUAAAGAAAUGGUUGAAGAAGAAUGGUAUGAAAGUACUAGAAUGGUUCCGAAACACACCGAAAAAGAAAACGUAGAAAAAGUUUACUCACAUACACACCCUUUUAUAAGAUAUUUUAUCAGACAAUCCAUUAAAGGAGGAAGAGUUUCGGCAAAUCGAAAAUCAUUUGAAACGAAUAAAAUGGAUGAAAUUUGUAAUGUAUUAAAGGAAUACACAGAACUCGAGAAUAGUAAUAUAAUUGAUUUAUUUAAAGAAUAUAGUAAAAGUAAAAAAGAUAAAACGGAAGUUAAUUCAAAACUUAAAAAAAUAAAAUGUACUGAACUAAUGGCCUUUGAUACUAACGGUUUGUACGCUUCCGCCACGUCAGAUUUAGACAGCGAAUAUCCAAAAGCGGAAAGUGCUAGAGAAUUUUUACCUGAGGAAGAAGAAGAAUUUGUCAAGCUCUUUAAUGAGCAGAAAUUCAGAACUAGAACGGCUAUUUUAAAAGUCUAG